AUGAAAACUACAAGAUUAUUAUUAAAUCUUCAUAAUUUAUAUUCGCCACCGAAGACUACGUAUUUGUAUCAAGUGAAUUCUAUUCAAUCACGAUGUUUUCUUCAUACAAGCACACCAUUGAUGGACAAAAAUAUGGCUUGCGUUGAAGAACAUCCUCAUACUCGAGCCGUCGUUCAAGCGAUAAAUCAACAUCAGCAACCAUCAGAUUAUAUGUUGAAUCAUGAGAUUUACACGGAAAAAGAACUUCAUGAUGUCAAAAUAACGCAUAAAAAGUUUGAAUCAUGGCAUGAUCGACUAGCCUAUGCAGCUGUACGAGCAUUACGUUUGGUUUUCGAUGUAUUUACUGGUUAUAUGCAUGUGCCAACACCAUCAGAACGUAAUUCUACAAAGGCGAUUCAACAUACGCAUACAACGAUGACAGAACAGCAAUGGUUGAGACGUUUCAUAUUUCUUGAAUCCGUUGCUGGCGUACCAGGCAUGGUUGGUGGAAUGAGUCGUCAUAUGAAAUCACUUCGUACGAUGCGUCGUGAUUACGGAUGGAUUCAUACGCUUUUGUCCGAAGCAGAAAACGAACGAAUGCAUUUACUUACAUUUUUAGAAUUGCGACAACCAGGAUGGCUCUUCCGUGGAUUCGUUCUUUUGGGUCAAGGUGCAUUUUUCAAUGCUUUCUUUCUAACCUAUGUUAUUUCGCCAAGAAUAUGCCAUCGUUUUGUUGGUUUUCUUGAAGAAGAAGCUGUCAUUACAUACACACGAUGUAUUGAAGAUGUCGAUGCUGGUAGACUACCGGCAUGGUCAAAUCUACCAGCACCACAAAUAGCUAAAACUUAUUGGAGAUUACCAGAAAACUCCAUGAUGAGAGAUGUUCUCUUAGCUGUACGGGCUGAUGAAGCUAAUCAUCGCGAAGUCAAUCAUACAUUAGCUGAUGUCGGACCUAAUGCACCGAAUCCAUUUGUGGUUCAAAAUAAACGACAAACAGAUCGAUCUACUGCAGAGAGACACUGA